AUGUGCUACAUCAGCAGUGGUGUGGAUGAAUUUUAUUUGCAGCUCUGUGAUGAUCUGUUACCCAAAACGGCAGAGAUUUUCAGGGCCCUCUGUACAGGAGAGAAUGACUUUGGAGAUAAAGGCUCAGUGUAUCACAGAAUCAUUCCUGAAUUCAUGUGUCAGGGUGAAGAUUUUACUAAUCAUAAUGGCACUGGCAGAAAAGCUAUUUAUGGAAAGAAAUUUAAGGAUGAGAAUUUCAAUAUGAAAGACACUGGACCAGGUGUAUUGUCAAUGGCAAACUCUGGGCCAAACACAAAUGGAUUACAGUUUUGCACUACAAAAACAGAAUGGCUUGAUGGCAAGCACGUUGUGUUUGGUCAGGUCAAAGAGGGCAUGGAGAAUGGUUCUCUCAUGGAGUCCUAUGGCUUACAUGUUGGAGGAACUGUAAAGAAGGUUGUCAUUACAGACUGUGGAGAACACAAGUGAUCCUGGAGAGUUCUGAAUAAGUAUAUCUGAUCAUUUUAAAUAGAUUUGAAUCUUUUCUAUAACUGAAACUGCUGAAAGUGUCAUGAUAUCAAAAUUGUGCCACUGAAAGUACUUUUGAAAAGUGGACAUCCUGUGACAUCCUAAACUUCAUCUAAAACAAUUUUUAUAAAGUGUUAUGCUAAUUAUUGAUAGUUACUACACAGGCAGCUUUUAUGACCCCAAUUCCUU